GACCGGGGCUGGGAGCUGCAAGGCGGCAGCGGCGCCGGCGGCGGCGGCAAAGGCGGCAGCGAGCGCCCGCGCUCCGACGCCCCCAGGCGGAGGGGCUGAGAGAGCCCGAGGAUGACUCCCUGCGCUGACCCCGGCGUGUCCAGGAUGUUACUGUUCCCGCUACUGCUGUGGUUUCUGCCCCCCACUGAGGGGUCCCAGAGGGCUGAACCCAUGUUCACUGCAGUCACCAACUCAGUUCUACCCCCUGACUAUGACAGCAACCCCACUCAGCUCAACUAUGGUGUGGCCGUCACUGAUGUGGACCACGAUGGGGACUUCGAGAUUGUUGUGGCGGGGUACAAUGGCCCCAACCUGGUUCUGAAGUAUGACCGGGCCCAGAAGCGGCUGGUGAACAUCGCCAUAGAUGAGCGCAGCUCACCCUACUAUGCGCUGCGGGACCGCCAGGGGAACGCCAUUGGGGUCACAGCCUGCGACAUCGACGGGGAUGGCCGCGAGGAGAUCUACUUCCUCAACACCAAUAAUGCCUUCUCAGGGGUGGCCACAUACACAGACAAACUGUUCAAGUUCCGCAAUAACCGGUGGGAAGACAUCCUGAGUGACGAGGUCAAUGUGGCCCGGGGUGUGGCCAGCCUGUUUGCCGGACGCUCUGUGGCCUGUGUGGACCGGAAGGGCUCCGGACGCUACUCUAUCUACAUCGCCAAUUAUGCCUACGGUAACGUGGGUCCUGAUGCCCUCAUUGAAAUGGACCCCGAGGCCAGUGACCUGUCCCGGGGCAUUCUGGCACUCAGAGAUGUGGCUGCUGAGGCCGGGGUCAGCAAAUACACAGGGGGCCGGGGUGUCAGCGUGGGCCCCAUCCUCAGCAGCAGCGCCUCAGACAUCUUCUGUGACAAUGAGAACGGGCCCAACUUCCUCUUCCACAACCAGGGCAACGGCACCUUCGUGGACGCUGCGGCCAGUGCCGGUGUGGAUGACCCUCACCAGCACGGGCGAGGUGUCGCCCUGGCUGACUUCAACCGUGAUGGCAAAGUGGACAUUGUGUAUGGCAACUGGAAUGGCCCCCACCGCCUCUAUCUGCAGACGAGCUCUCACGGGAAGGUCCGCUUUCGGGACAUCGCCUCCCCCAAGUUCUCCAUGCCCUCCCCUGUUCGCACUGUCAUCGCUGCCGACUUUGACAAUGACCAGGAGCUGGAGAUCUUCUUCAACAACAUCGCCUACCGCAGCUCUUCAGCCAACCGCCUCUUCCGUGUCAUCCGCAGAGAGCACGGAGACCCCCUCAUCGAGGAGCUCAAUCCUGGUGACGCCCUGGAGCCUGAGGGCCGGGGCACAGGGGGCGUGGUGACCGACUUCGAUGGAGAUGGCAUGCUGGACCUCAUCUUGUCCCACGGAGAGUCCAUGGCUCAGCCACUGUCCGUCUUCCGAGGGAAUCAGGGCUUCAGCAACAACUGGCUGCGAGUGGUGCCACGGACCCGGUUUGGGGCCUUCGCCAGGGGCGCCAAGGUGGUGCUCUACACCAAGAAGAGUGGCGCCCACCUGAGGAUCAUCGACGGGGGCUCGGGCUACCUGUGCGAGAUGGAGCCCGUGGCACACUUCGGCCUGGGGAGGGAUGAAGCCAGCAGUGUGGAAGUGACGUGGCCAGAUGGCAAGAUGGUGAGCCAGAGCGUGGCCAGUGAGAAGAUGAACUCAGUGCUGGAGAUCCUUUACCCCCGGGAUGAGGACAAGCUUCAGGACCCAGCCCCACUUGAGUGCGGCCAGGGAUUCUCCCAGCAGGAAAAUGGCCAUUGCAUGGAUUGGAUUGGAGGGAAGAGUGGAAGCCAGGAGGCCAGUAAGGCGCCAACUGCAGAACUCCAGAUACCAAUGAAUGCAUCCAGUUCCCAUUUGUGUGCCCUCGAGACAAGCCAGUGUGUGUCAACACCUACGGAAGCUACAGAUGCCGAACCAACAAGAGAUGCAGUCGGGGCUUUGAGCCUAAUGAAGAUGGCACAGCCUGUGUGGCCUCCCUCACUCCUUCAGAAGAAUCAAGAUAGUCCUGUCUUUCCUGUGUUCUCGUGAACUUCUUAUUUUGCCCCUAACAAAGAUGGCUCCCACGUGGUUGCUUGCUCAGUUGAUUCGGUAAUGUAUCAUGUACCUGCUGGUCCAGCUUCUGCUGUUUCUGCUUUGUGCACCCUGACUUCCUGUGGCAGAAAAGCCUUAUUAGAGUCCAAAGUGAUUAGGGGAGGGAAAAAGGGUGAGCCUUUGGGACUCUGGAUAAAAAUGUUAAAAUUUGAACUUC